UUCGACUUCCGUAUUGAGUUCUCCAGUAAGCGAAGGGGUAGGAUGUAGAAUACUAUAGUGACAUCAGGAUAAAAAUUAUACCGUUAAAAAGUAUAUUGAAUUAAAUUCCAUUUGAUACAAAUAAAUAUUACCUUUUUGUGACAUCUUUUAACGGCAGUUUUUUUUGAUCUCGUGAGGACGCGUAUCCUUUGUUUCCAGGGUGCCAGCACCAUGAGCAGCUUUAGGGUGCGGCAGUACCAGGAUGAAGACAGGGAGAUGGUGAAGGAGAUCUUUACACUGGGCAUGAGCGAGCAUAUUCCCGCCUCCUUUGUGCACGUACUGAAGCAGCCACUAACCCAGAUGGUGCUCAUGUGUGUCUUUGGUGCCCUGCUGGCCAGCUCCAGGUCUUUCCUCUUGCCUGUGCUGGCAGUGACUCUGCUUUUGGCUGGGACUCGACAGGUGGUCAGCUACCUCUUCACCAGCUACAUUGACACGUCCCUGAAGGAUGACCUCAGCUCCAUACAGGAGAACUAUUUGGAGAAAAGGGACUCCUGCUUUUGGGUGGCAGAGAGUGAGGGACGGGUGGUUGCCAUGGUAGCCUGCAUGCCUGUUAAGGGCCAGCAGGGGUCCCUGGAGCUAAAGCGCAUGUCUGUGCAGAGGAGCCACCGCAGCAUGGGCAUUGCCAAGGCACUCUGCAAGGUGGUGGCAGACUUCGCCCAUGAGAGGGGCUACCAAACUGUCAUCCUCUACACGUCUGUGGUCCAGACCGAUGCCCAAAAGCUGUACGAACACAUGUCUUUCAAGAAAAUUAGACAGUUUGUAGUCCCCAGUCUGAUUGGCAGACUCUCAAAUUUCUCAAUACUCGAAUACCGGUUAGAGGUGCAAGAGAGUCCUGGCAGAUAGAGUUGAGCCUUUAGAGAUAAUGGUGGUCACCUGAAAUUGAAUGUUUCUGGGUCUUAACCCAUCACAGCAUCAAACUUAUAAGACCAUACUAUUGCUGUCAUUUUUCCUUUCUUUUUGAAUUUUGUGUUACCAUGUGUUGUCAAGUUAAUCCAGUAGUGACAUCCUAUUAGAAACUGGCCAAAUCACAUACUCUUCAAAAUGUGUCCUUUUUAUGUCGAUGUGGGAUGUAACUGGGACUCCUGAAAGUUUUCAGAAGAAUUUAUGUGCAGCAUCUAUUCCAAACUUCUCAUGUCAAAGUAGCAACAGCAGUCUUAUCAGAAAGUUUUAAUAUUAUU